UAUAUAUAUAUAUAUAUAUAUAGAUAGAUAGAUAGAUAGAUAGAUAGAUAGAUAGAUAGAUAUUACAAUUACUAGUGCAUCCGAAAUCGAAUCAAAGAAUUCGUAAACACAAACAGUAUAUUCCAUACAAAGCAACUCAACGCAGCUGUUUAAGGUCGCGCUUCUGUUUAGUGUGUGUGUGUGUGUGUUGAUGGAGUGAGGGAACCCGCGAGGACAACUUGUUUUUGCAGGUUUUGGUGACUCGUCACUCACGCAAGACAGCGGGUCAACACUGCUUGGUGGGAACGGUGACAGUCAUUCCAGCGGGAGAUUUGGAAGUGUUUUCGUUUUAGCUGACCAUCUAUUCUCCUUCUUUGACUGGAGUUUCAGUCAGGGCUGGAGAUGAUCUUCCGCUAUGCCCUCUUAAUUCGUCCACGUCUUCCUCUUCGUUUGCUUCGUUCCCCAGCUGGCGUCAUCGCGGGUUUUUUUUUUUUUUUUUUUUUUUUUCUUUUCUUUUUGUGCUGUGAAGUUGCCAAGAUCCUCAGUAGAAUUUGAAUUGCGGAAAGGUGGUUGUCCUGCAGGAGGAGCAGACUUAGAUCUUGUAAGUGACCCUGAUCUACCCCUACGACGGCUUUGGAUAUGUAAAUGCAGGCAAAUAUUAAUUUCCACGUCUCUUGCCUCAGGUCCCUUGUUUCCCUGAUUGACAGUGAGAAGGACAUAGUCCCCUUCUCUUGCAGGCACCGAGAGAGCUCAGACACGUGAGCGAGGACAUAUAAAAUUAUGUCCUCAUGCGUCCGCAGGUCUUCGAUGAAGCUGUAGGCCGCCUUGGUGAUAUGCCAUUUGAUUAGCCCGUGGUGAAGAAUAGGACUGGCCCUCGAAGAUGGAUGAAGUGGACUUGGCCAUGGUGUGCGGCCCAGCGAUCUUAAUGCAGUGCUCUGAUGUUAGUUACCUUAUUGCGCGUCAUCCAGAUAUAUAGAACACUGCUUCUGAUGACAGGUGAUGCACUGUCAGCACUGAUACCCGCUGGAGUUGCCAGAUACAAUCAGCUGAUUCUACUGUUUACUUUCCUUGGAGCCUUGUCGGUCCAUUUAAUGUCAUGGGAGGAUUUUACUUAAAAAAACCCUGAAAUACUGCAGACUACUGGCAAAUAUAUGUAACUUGUUUGAAUGAUUAAGAGUUAUUUGGGCAGCAAAUCAGCCAGCCAACUUCUCUCAGGCUGUCAGGCAUCCAGUCCUCACGCUGCAGUCGACAAUCGGACUGAUUCAGUGUUGUAAUGGGAAUGGCUUGGGUAGGUUCUGUGUCGCUUUGGUGGUCGCACACAAGGUGACAGGAAUUUAACGUGCCUUCUAGAGACAAGUACCUAUGAAGAAACUGGGAAGAUAGGAGGAAGACUAACAAGGAACUUCGCAAUCUACACGUGUGAUAAGAGAGAUAAACAUCACAUUUUCCAUUAGGGGAUCGUAAACAAGUCUGUCCAACAAAUUGUUACAAAAACUAGUAGUAAACAAUCUCCCCCGGGCAAGUCUUCAAGGUUCAUUUUCUUUCCCAGGGUGAAAAGUGUUGUGCAGGAAACUUCACUGUGAUGCGGUUCAUUGAUAUCACAAGUGGCAGAAGAGUAAUGAAGUAACCUGCUGACUCGGUGUAGCAAAGUGUGAAUUAAUCGUCGUGAUAUAGCAUCCUACUUUCCUUUGUGACGGGACACCAUGUGAAGGCAAUCAUAAAGUGUACUGAUGGGUUCUGAGUGAAACAGGUUAUGCAUGUCUGUUUUGAAGGAACUUUAGGAACAAAAGUAGUGAAAAUAGCAUCUCUAGCAGUGAUGUGCUGGUGUCAACAAGUCUAGAAUAGUAGUAGUGUUACUGAAAUAGAAAAUAGAUUGCUAUGUACUACUAAUAUUCAGCACCUUGGAUAACAAGAGUAAUGUGACCUACAUCUGUUAGCCAGAAUUCAGUGUGGCACUGGUUUGUAUGACAAAUCAGUUCCACAACUUGACUUAACUGAAGAAUCUUGACACCUAAGUCAACUCAAGGAGAUGGCUCUGAGUGGACUGACCCCCACCACCACAGCCAUGAUCCUGCUGAUGUUGGUGGUGUACUUCUGCCCCAGGACGGAGAUGGUGCCAGCGCUGUGCAACAAGUUAUUCACCAACUUUAAUUCAUACUGCCACCACAACCAGUCUGGACUAUGUGGUUUUAGAAAUUCAACUGUGCCUUUGUCGUGCACUCACCAGCUGCGCCACAGAGAGACAGUGGGUGUGGAUCGUUGCGGCCGGCUUACAUCCAUGCUCAUAAGACACCACUGGUUCAGCUUCACUUAUAUCGAUCUGAAAUUCCAGUACAAGGUCAACAUAAGUCAAGGCAGCAUUUGCCGGGAUUUCAGCCUCCGUGGUGUAACUUUACCCCUCCAUGAGACUCUUGUGUAUGACUGUGCGAUGCUCAGAGUGCCAGGGAAUGUUGCUAGGGAUGGUACGCUCACUGUUGAGAAUGGCAGAGGAGAAGGGAACACAUUCAUCUUCAGAAUUCCAAGCUACACAAGAAUACAUCCAGAGAAAACUGAUCUGUCAGACUGGCAUGUGUUCUUCUACCUUCAUCAGGACUUCAUUGCAACUUCCUCUCACUUACCAGUCACUGUUCAGUCAGCUGAUCCCUUCCCUAAUGUGUCAUACAGAGUCUCCAUCGUCAAGUGUCUAGAUGCUAUAACACCAAACUGUGGCAAUUACAAUGCACUCAAUUCUACCCUGGUUGUUUCUCCAAAGGAGAAUGAAUGGACUGUGCAUCUCCCAAUCUGGAGCAACCCAGGGAGCUAUGCUGUCACUGUGCAGAUUGAAUCAAGUGACUGCCCUCCACACACUGGAUGCUACAUUUCUGUGUCACCAAAAUUUGAAAUUGAACCAAACUUAUUAGGUAUCUGGAUGUCAGUUGCAAUGGGAUUCUUCUUGAUAGCCGUCUUGACAUUUUUGCUGAUAUUCAACAAGCGCCUGAGGACCAACAGAGAUAAACUGCAGGCCCUGCAGGAAGUCCAGCCGACAGUUCUUCUUAUUUAUAUAGCAGAAAACCAGCUGUAUAUGGAAUUCAUCAACAUGUUUGCUGAUUUCCUGAAGAACACCUGCCAUCUCUUCCCAUACCUGGUGGAUCGUGAUGUGGGGAUAGAGGAUCCAAACUGUUGGACAAGAGAUCACAUCCUGAAGGCUGAUAAAGUGAUGUUUAUAAUCCCUGGGAAUCCUGAUGGAGAAAGCAGCACACCCAUCAGAAACCAGUGGAUAGUUGCUCUCAAUUACCUCUCUGGACAUCACUUCACCACACGCCAAGUAUCCCGGAAGGUGGCAGCUGUAACUCUGCCCUCAAGUGGGACCAUCCCACCUGAAAUACUGCAUGUGCAGCGCUUCAAACUGGUGGACCAGGUUGCUGCACUAGUGACAUGGCUCCAUGGCGGCACAAGGCUGGAUGAAAUGUUCCUGUGGUGGCCAGUGAUAAGAUUAACGAAGAAGGUCAGCUACACCUGGCCUAAAAUGAGGUUAGCGGCUCUUAGGGCCUCAGCUACGGCGUUAAAGGUCUCAGAGCCACACACUGGUCUUUCUGUAAUGUAUGGUAAUAUUUACCUCUUAAGCCCUGCUGAUCAGAUUCCUGUCCCAAGAGACAACCUCAGCAAACACAGUGAAGACUCCAUUACAACUGAAGGGGAUUCUGAGGACAGUGAUUCUGUCUUUGAUCCAGACAUUCCUUCCUUCAGGAGACUGCUGGAAGUAAACAAUAACAGUAAGUUGUCUGUGAAUAGUGAGCAUUCUGAGAAAUUAUCAGACUGUAGUGAUGAUGAUGUAUUCACUUGACUGCUUCAUCCAAUAUUAAUUAAACUAUAUAUAUAUAUAUAUAUAUAUAUAUAUAUAUAUAUAUAUAUAUAUAUAUAUAUAUAUAUAUAUAUAUAUAUAUAUAUAUAUAUAGUGAUAAUUAUAUUAAACUGAAUGUACAAAUGAAAGUGCCUUGGAAUGAGCAAAAGCCAUUCAUCUUACUAGAUUUUAUAAGAUUUAAGUGCAUACUUGCGGGUAUGAUUACAUUUUGCACUGUCAAAUAAAAUGUACAAAUGAGUACCUUUUGUGACAGACAGAUUCUGCUUUGAUUUGAUGGUCACAGUUUCCAGACUAUGUUAAGGCUCAGCUCAUUCAUUAAUGGUGAGUGAGUGAUGAUAAGUGAGAGGCUGUGGUUUGUAAGCAUACUGUGGGACUGUGGGCUGGACUUGAGAGAGAGAGAGAGAGAGAGCUGUGGUGAGUGACUAUGAUUGAGUUUUUUAUGCAUAUGUACUAUAGGGAACUGACUAAUUAAAUAUACAUUAAUGUCUGUACAUGA